AUGGGGAAGGAUUCAUAAUCUGCCAGAUAAUUGGUGUGCAACUUGAUGGGAAUGAGCAAAAGGUUAUCAGUGACUUGGAACAAUCAUUUGAAGAAGAGCAAGCUGCUCGUGCUACUCUGUACCUUGACGACCUAGAAAAGGACCUUGGUGUCAAUAAGGAUGCCAACCCCCUGGGCAAUCUAUGGAAACCUUACACUGGUUUUGUCAAAACUCUAUAGUGAUCAAGUCUCAUCGCUGGUCAACCAUGGAAAUCUCACACCCAAUCGCAGCAGUUUGAAUUGUCAAACCAAACAAUCACCGACACAGCUUUUCUUCUUCUCUUCAUAGACCAUACAUAUACAGUUCCAUGGCUUAGUAAAACUACUCCCCACCCUCCCCCUCCUCCCCAAGCUUAGUCUGGAUCAUUUACCAACCACCACAGAACCACACCAUGAUCAAAUCCUGCGUGCUACUACUACUACUCUUCUUUUGUUUGGUUUGCUUGCAGCUCGGAGCCAAGGCAGAGCAAUGUGGGAAACAAGCCGGUGGUGCACUAUGCCCCGAUGGGCUCUGCUGUAGCCAAUUUGGAUUCUGUGGCAACACUAACGCCUACUGCAAAAAUGAUUGCCAAAGCCAAUGUAAUACUGCUACUGGUGGAGAUUCCAGUACUGUUAAUCUGGCCCCUAGAACUGUGGGUGGUGAUGAAGGCAACGUGAGCUCCCUCAUCAGAGAAACCCUUUUCAACCAAAUGUUGAAACAUAAAAACGAUACCGACUGCCCUGCUAAAGGAUUCUACACUUACAACGCUUUCAUCGCUGCCGCAAAGUCCUUUAACGGCUUCGGCACCACUGGCGACACCAUCACCCGUAAAAGGGAGAUCGCCGCUUUCUUGGCUCAGACUUCCCAUGAGACCACAGGGGGAUGGCCAACUGCACUAGAUGGUCCAUAUGCCUGGGGAUAUUGUUUCCUUCAAGAACAAGGUAUUCCUGGAGAUUACUGUCAACCCAGCAACCAAUGGCCAUGUGCUCCCGGCAAGAAAUAUUAUGGCCGAGGACCCUUCCAGAUUUCAUACAACUACAACUACGGGCAAGCAGGGGAAGUAAUAGGGUCAGACCUGCUGAACAACCCUGACCUGGUUGUUACCGAUCCCACAAUCUCAUUCAAGACAGCGUUAUGGUUUUGGAUGACACCCCAAUCCCCCAAACCCUCUUGCCAUGAAGUCAUGACCGGCCAAUGGAAACCGAGCAGUGCCGACACGGCAGCAGGAUUAGUCCCCGGCUAUGGAGUCACUACCAACAUCAUCAACGGUGGAAUUGAGUGCGGCAAAGGUGCGGAUAGCAGGGUAGCCGAUCGGAUUGGAUUUUAUAAGAGGUACUGUGACUUACUUGGAGUGAGCUACGGUGACAACCUUGACUGCUACAAUCAACAAUGGCCAACUUCCACCGAUAUCUCUGUGACAACACAAUUAUACACUUGUAUAACUCUGCAAUACCCACAAUUUGGAUAUGGCAAUUGAGUGGACCACAGUGUCUUAAUAAGCUUGAAGCCACUCCGUUAUAUAACUUUUUUUGCUUGAUGUCUCAUUAUGGUGUUUGCCUAAUUCAAGAUCAACUUAAUUACUAAA